AGCGUGGCUUGGCUGACGAGGAUGAACAUCAUAAAAACGUCAUAUUAUGAGCACCUUUAAUACGACUAUCUCUCACAAGUGAGUUAGAGACCAACUAUCGGCUGGGAAAAGCUAGGAAUUUGACACUUGACUGGCAGUCACUAGAAAAUAAAUUUUUGGCUGAAUGUCAUUUCCAUCACUUUCGUAGAAGUACUUGUCAUCCGCGCCCACAUCCAAAUUUGCUGUAUUUCUGGCAUGUCAGACUACCAUACUUCACAAAAGCAAACAGUUUCACAGAGAAAAUCCUGCUGCGGCGUAAACGCAAAACCCCGCUCCACUCAAGAAAGAAGAAAGGUUCUCCUAUCAAACAUCCUACGCGACGCGCGAGAGGGAAAACCAUACCAUUCGAUAUUGGAAAGUGCCUCGUUCGUGACGUCAAGUCUUGGCCGACCCACGAACAACAUACACCCUGCAGUGGAAAAAUGGUUUAACGCGAUGGACACCAAAAAUGAGGGGAAGAUCACAUCCAGGGAGCUCCAACAGGCCUUCGACGUUUUCCAAGGUAGACAUUUUUCAGACGCCACGUGCAAGUUUGUUGUCAGGUUAUUCGAUCUCGAUAAAAAUGGUGGCCUGGAUGUGAAAGAAUUCGAAUCGCUGUACUACUACAUCAAACAAUGGUUGAACGCUUUUAACUCCUACGACCGCGAUAAGUCCGGAUAUCUGGAUGAAACUGAGCUCGGUUUCGCGCUGAAACACCUGGAUAUCAAUUUCAGUCCUGAUUUUAUUAAAUUUUUGGUAACCAGGACGAACCCGAAAGCCAAAAAGAUCUCUCUGGAUCAAUAUCUAAUUACCUGUAUUCAAAUUCAAAGGUUCACCGACGAGUUUAAGAACAGGGACGUCGAUUAUUCCGGAACGAUCAGUAUAACGUAUGAAGAUUUCCUGGAGAUGAUUUUACGGUGUUUGUGACAUAAGAAUGUGAAUAUUUUUAUUACCAAAAUAAUAAUUUAACAAUACAGACUUAUCCCAAUGGUAUAAAGCUCGUGUUAAAAGUCUCAUUUUCUAAACAAUGGCGAGAAUUGAAUCGAACUUGCCGAACCAACAAGUCUCAAAAAUCCUUUUUUGCCCGACCUAUUGACCGCGCAGCUUGGUCUCUUGACUAUUUGUUG